AGACACAGAGAUCGGAGCCGACGAAGUCACACCAUCUCAAUUGUUGUCGUUUCUUCCAAGGUGUUUUUUCGCAUAGUCAUGCUCGACUUUCCCAGGAUAUUCAAAUAAUGCGAAAACGUAUUAGAGAUGUUGUUCGAUUCUCGUUUAUUCGUUGGCACCUGGAAAUCCAGAUCCCCUCUGCGAGCCUGAUCUGAUCUCUGAUCUCCCCAGUUUCCAAUCGAUGGCGGGCGCCGCCUCGGCGCUCUUCCUUCUUGACAUCAAAGGUCGCGUUCUGGUGUGGCGUGAUUACAGAGGCGAUGUCUCCGCAGUUCAGGCGGAGCGAUUCUUCACGAAGUUCAUCGAGAAAGAGGGAGAUCAGUCUCAAGAUCCAGUCGUGUACGAUAAUGGCGUUUCUUAUAUGUUCAUACAACACAACAAUGUUUACCUAAUGACGGCAUCGAGACAGAACUGCAAUGCUGCUAGUCAUCUUCUCUUUUUACACCGUGUAGUCAAUGUAUUCAAGCAUUAUUUUGAGGAGUUAGAAGAGGAAUCACUAAGAGAUAAUUUUGUGGUUGUGUAUGAGUUACUGGAUGAAAUGAUGGACUUCGGUUACCCUCAGUAUACGGAAGCUAAAAUUUUGAGCGAGUUUAUCAAGACUGAUGCAUACAGGAUGGAAGUCACCCAGCGGCCUCCCAUGGCUGUAACAAAUGCUGUUUCUUGGCGCAGUGAAGGGAUACGGUACAAGAAGAAUGAAGUGUUCUUGGAUGUGGUAGAAAGCGUCAAUAUACUUGUCAAUAGCAAUGGGCAAAUAAUUCGGUCAGACGUUGUCGGUGCGUUAAAGAUGUGGACAUAUCUGAGUGGUAUGCCUGAAUGUAAGCUUGGGCUCAAUGACAGAGUAUUAUUGGAGGCUCAAGGUAGAACAACAAAGGGCAAAGCCAUUGAUCUGGAUGAUAUCAAAUUUCACCAGUGUGUACGUUUGGCCCGAUUUGAAAAUGAUAGGACAAUAUCUUUCAUUCCCCCAGAUGGAUCUUUUGAUCUAAUGACUUACAGGCUCAGUACUCAGGUAAAGCCAUUGAUCUGGGUGGAGGCUCAAGUAGAAAGGCAUUCAAAAAGUCGUAUAGAGAUCAUGGUAAAAGCCCGGAGCCAGUUCAAAGAGCGUAGCACUGCCACAAAUGUUGAAAUUGAGCUGCCGGUGCCAUCUGAUGCAACAAAUCCUAAUGUUCGGACUUCUAUGGGUUCUGCUGCUUAUGCACCUGAAAAUGAUGCAUUGGUCUGGAAAAUAAAAUCUUUUCCAGGUGGCAAGGAGUACAUGUUAAGGGCAGAAUUUAGGCUUCCCAGUAUAACUGCUGAAGAAACUAUUCCAGAGAGAAAAGCUCCCGUCCGUGUGAAGUUUGAGAUACCUUAUUUCACAGUCUCAGGAAUACAGGUCCGUUACCUAAAGAUUAUUGAGAAGAGUGGUUACCAGGCUCUUCCAUGGGUGAGAUACAUAACAAUGGCUGGCGAAUACGAGCUGAGACUUGUUUGAAAGGCCUUUCUAUUGCUGCUUUCUGACCAAGCAACAUAUUUUAUGGGCUACCAUUAUCUUGAAUGGAAGUUGCAAAUGAUUUCAGGGAGACCCUCUUCAGAUGUCACUAAUGCAUUCCUGUACCCUUGGUAUGUUCAGCAUGAGCUUGUUCUAGCAUUCUUCUCUUUACCUUUUUGGUGGUUGUGUUUUGUAACAGUUGUUUGUAAGGGUGCAAUGGCUACCCAAAAAUGUUUGUUCAUCCAUUUUUGCCAGAAUUAACAAUCAUUAAUUGGAAAUUAAAUGAGGGCUAAGUUCUUAUUGAUUUG